AUGUCGUCGUCGCAGACCAUGACAGCGCCAGCGGUGGGCCAUCGUCCAUCAGAGGCUGGUCCGAGCAUGUCGUCUCUCUACGACUAUUCCCGCUCUCAACAAUCGCCAGAGAACGACCAUCUUCCGUCCCAUUCCCCGCCCAGCGACUCCGCAAUCCACAGUCUGCACGAUUCUGCCCCCGACAACAACUCCUCUCCCAAUGGUCUCCCCCCCCUAUCCGGCAUGGCGACCAUCAAGUCCGAGGCUGAGGAUCAGCCGUCCCUUGCGAUCUGCAGCAAUCAAGACUCCCAGUCCGAUUUCCGCCGCCAGUCCGCCGCCAGCGCCCUGUUAGCUCAACUUCUUGGCGGCCAGCAAGCCCCAGGCCUCGACUCGAAUCAAUCAUUAGAGGGUCUCGGGAUCCCGGACGGGCAAAAUAAUGGGCCCAGAAAACAGUCUGGCGAUGGAACGAGCGAGCAUUGGGAAGCAACACAGCCAGGGGAUGAAGUUCCGCCGGGGGCGGAACCAAGCGUCGGAGGUCAAACUCAACCGUCGGAGCCUUUUCAGGACUUUUCAAUACAGCACGCUGGGCUCCCGUUCACAACAGCAGGACUUGAUGAAGCCAUCACAAAAUCCGCUGACCCUAUGGAGGGAUUAACUGACCCCUUGCUCUUUGCCAAAUCGAAUACAGACCAUUCCGACCUCUUUCCGCCCCUGGACUUCACAGCAGCUCCCGAUACUUCAUUACAAGCAUUUCAUCCCAACGACAUGUUGACUGCUACGUACCUUUCGCAAAGUGCGGAUCUAUCGGCUCUAGGGUACACCGAGGGCACUUUUCAUCAUGAUGGGAACGGUUCGGUGGCUGGCUCUGAACCCCGGAUUCAGGCCUUUGCGAAGUUGGAGUUUGACGACGGUCACUUCUACUGCAAUACAUAUUCUUUCAUCCUCGGACGAGAUGUGCGAGCGGCUAGAGCGGCGCAUCAACGCGAAUUUCAGGCCCGACAGGCGAUGCGAACAUCCCGAGCGAAGAGUUCGAGUGGAGGCAAUGCGUCACAUACACCCGUUCGAGUAAAACCGGAAGGUAGUGGGAUGAUCGGAAGUGUGGUCAGUGACCGGGGUGGAAUCAUGGGCUUUGAUCCCGAUGUACCCUUGCACAUGCAGUCCCGUAUCAGUCGGCGCUCAUCCAAUUCUUCUCAUGCGGAGACUAAACAUGCUACACCCGCCCAGCUCCAGUCAAAGACUGACUACAAUGCGCUUGCUUUGCAAUCUUUACAGGAGAAUAACGGUGAUGCGAGGCCAGUCGACGCUCUAGCACUACUCCCAUCACCAGACUCAUGUCCGACAAUUCCAAUCCACCCUCCAGCGACGACCGAUGGCAGCGUUGCCGGUCAUCGAGGAAUCUCGAGAAAACAUGUCAAAAUCGCAUACAAUUUUGAGAAGAACUUUUUCGAAAUGGAAGUACUGGGAAGAAACGGCGCUUUCAUCGGUGCAGAUUGGCUUUCCCCGGGCCAAAUACGACCGCUUCACAGCGGUGACUAUAUACAGAUUGGGGGUGUCCGGAUUCGGUUCCUGCUUCCGGAUGUGCCAAUCGGCGAAACUGGUGCCGAUAUUGAGGAAGAGCCGUUUGCUCCAGAGCAUGAAAAUUCCCAGUCUGUAGCUGCAGCUGAGAACGAACAAGAAGAAGCAGAUAAGAUCAAGGAUGGCUCAAACCCGACAAAGAUUGUCUUCAAAACAAAAGACGCGGAUACCUCCCGAGUGGCACAAUCCGUUGAGGGAUCUGGAGAUGGUCAGCAGCCGCCAGCGCGUCGACGCGGUCCGGGGAGGCCGCCCAAGGAUGGGAUCAUGUCUAAACGCGAGCGAGCCGAGUUGGCACGGGAACAAAAGCUCGCAGCCAGGCGCGAGGCGAACGGAGGCGUUACGCCUCCUCCGCAACAGAACAAGUCCAAGGCAGGAAAGACAACCACGACGGCAACAAUUCCUGGGGGCACUGCAGUCCCUAGCCAGCCCGCCGAGGACGAAUCGCCAAACUCGAAGCCAGAAAAGAGAAAAUAUACCAAGAGGAAGAAGCCGGAUGGGACAUCCAUGGACAUUCCCUUGCCUUCGUUGGAGGGCGGACAAUUUCCACCGGAACAUCAACCACAAGAAUAUGUCAAACCUCCGCCUGUCAAGAAACGCAAACCCUCUCGUUCACCUUCCCCCAAUUACCCUCCAGAGUCUGCAUAUGCCCCUGAAGACUUGGCGAAGCCGCCGUACAACUAUGCGGUUCUUAUAUUUGAUGCGCUGACCGAGGCAACCACGCCAAUGACACUGAAGCAGAUUUAUCGCGCCCUGAAACUCAAGUAUCCGUACUUUCGCUUCAAGUGUGAAACAGAAGGCUGGACUUCUAGUGUCCGGCACAAUCUCAACGGCAACAGUCAUCUGUUCAUGCAUGCCGAACGCGAUGGCAAAGGAUGGUCAUGGCAACUGCGGCCAGGAGCGUCAGUUGAAAAAGAGAAAAAGAGGCGGCCAUCACCGCCGCCUCCUGCGCCGUCACAGCCUCCACAGACCGCGCCGUCUGUCACUCCUCAGUACAUGCCUCCGCCAACGAAUACGUACGCGAAUCAACCCAACAAUCAGCCGGGUAUCGCCAAUUCACAUUUUCAGUUCUCGUCAAUGCCAUCGACUCCGUAUCCUCCCACAACAACCACACCCGCCCCCGCCCCAGCUCCAGCUCCAGCUCCAGCUCCCACUCCUACCCCUGCUCCUCAACACCCGACUCCUUAUCCCCCUCCAGCUCAACCGACCGCGUCCUCACCCUUCCCCCUCCCCAACACCAUCAGAAACAGUCUCCCUCCCGCGUUCGCACAGACAGCGCCAACUACAUAUACCUCACCGUACGCCUCCGACCCCCCUCCACAACUCCUUCAGUAUCAGCAGUCCCAGCAGGCACAAGCACAGCAGCAGCAACAACAGCACAUGCAACCGCCGCCGCCGCGACAACAUCAACCGCCUUACCACCCUCCGAAUUCUCAACCUCAUCCUCCUCCGCAGUCUCACCCGCCGAAUAAUCACCAAUCCCAGAGCUUUCAUCCCGGUCAUCCCCCGCAGCAUCAGCACCAGCAACGGCCUUACCACAUGGCUGCUCAAGAUAAUGGGGCAAUGCCAGUGGACACCUCUUCCGAUGAGGCUUCUUUCAACGAGCGCGCUGGCAAGGCAAUCGACGAUUUCGAGGCUGUGCUGUUGGAGGACUACGAUGAUAAAGACUACAUUAAGAAUGUUCUCAAGAGCGCAAGGGCAAGGGCCCUCGGUAAUGCCACAGCGAGCUCGUUCCCUGGUGGCGAACCGCCGGAUGAGGCAGUUAUUCUUGAUGCACUGAGGAACUUGAUUAAGGGGUUAAGGGGCGAAUAG